GCCCGGUGCUAAAUGGAGUCGUAGCCGCUGCACUGCGCGCACCCCCACAAGACUGAUGAAAACAAAACAGGCUGGGGACCAGAAAUAGAUAGUUAAAGAUGUAGUAAAAAUAACAUAAAAAUGUCCAGGCAUAGAAAUAUUCGCAACCUUAGUUUGGAGGAUGAGUUAUCAGAAGAUGUGUAUGGUCGCUCACUUGAUGAUACAGAUCACUAUUGUGUAUCGCCAGGAACAGAGGCAGAGUUUAUGUACAGAAGAGAUAAAAGCCAUACCUUGUCUUCCUUUAUCGGAAAUGAUGCCAAAAUUGAAGAGGAAAAAGGAGAAUUUGAUCAAGAAGACUUUUAUGACAGUGUUGAUGUUGAAUAUAAAAGGCCUGUACUAGAUCCUCUUAACCAAGGAAAGCUACAAUCUUGUAUUGAACAUCUGGAGGAUAUCUUAGGUGACUCAAUCCAUGAAAAAACUAUUGUUGAAGCCAUUCUUGCACAUAACUUUGAUGUUGACAAAGCGCUGAACCAAAUCUUGAAUAAAGGCUCUUCUACUAGUCCUCCAAACCCUCCCAAAUCAACUUUUAAUACUGAAUAUUUUACUAGCAACAAAAGUUAUAUUGUGACGACUCCAAAAUUAGAGAAGUCAUCAAAAACACCCUCACCGUCAUUAAAAGAGAAAAAUCCAUUUAACAGAAAAACACCAAGCGAUGAUUUGAAGCCAUCCCUAAGCUUAACGACAAAGACUCCAUCCCGAACACAGACUAGUGAAGACUCACUUGAUGGAACUCCAACUAGUUCAAAGACUCCUAAAGCAUCCAAAAACAGAGAGGUUAUUGAUAUUUCAACGGAACUGAAAAAACGUCAAGAUGGAAGAGACCUGAUUAAUUUAAUUGUAAUUGGUCAUGUUGAUGCGGGUAAAUCAACUUUGAUGGGUCAUUUACUUUACAAUCUUGGCAAUGUUUCAAAGAAAGUCAUGCAUAAAAACGAAAUGGAAUCAAAAAAGUCUGGAAAAGGAUCAUUUGCAUACGCAUGGGUGUUGGACGAAACAGAAGAAGAAAGAACUAGAGGUAUUACGAUGGAUGUUGCUAUGACAAUGUUUGAAACGAAAACAAAGAUGGUAAGCUUAAUGGAUGCACCUGGACAUCGAGAUUUUAUACCCAAUAUGAUUCAAGGGACUGCACAGGCAGAUGUCGCAAUCCUUGUAGUCGAUUCAAGGCCUGGUGAGUUUGAAGCAGGCUUUGAAGCUGGUGGUCAAACGCGUGAACAUGCAAUCUUGGCAAGGUCGUUAGGUGUUGGCCAACUUGUAGUUGCUGUAAAUAAAAUGGACUCUAUCAGUUGGUCUAAAGAUCGUUAUGACGAUAUUGUGAUUCGUCUAAAAACUUUUCUCACGAAACAAGCUGGAUUCAGGGAAUCGGAUGUCUAUUAUAUACCAUGCAGUGGAUUAAGUGGUGAAAAUUUGACGGAAAGAUCAAACGAAGACAAGCUGAUAUCAUGGUAUAAGAAGGAUUGUUUGGUCGAGUUAAUAGAUCAGUUUCGCGCACCUGACCGUCCUAUAGAUAAACCAUUUCGAUUUUGUGUGGCCGAUGUAUACAAGGGUCAAGGUUCAUUCGUUGUUGCUGGUAAAGUGGAAUCAGGCAGUGUUCAAAAUGGCGAUAAAAUUAUGCUGAUGCCAGCUACUGAAUCUGGUAUUAUCAAAAGCUUAGCAACGCGAGACGAGCCUGUGAAAUUUGCAGCGGCUGGUGACCACAUAACUGCGUCCAUUCAUGGAGUAGAUAUGGCCCAUGUCAGCGUUGGAUGCAUCAUAUGCAGUGUGACGUCUCCAAUCAAAGUAACAACGCGAAUAGUUACACGUAUUGUGGUGUUCAACACUCAAGUUCCCAUCACAAAAGGUUUUAUGGUUGUCUUUCACUCACAAAAUUUAAGUGAACCAGCGACAGUUAGUAAGUUGGCAAGUAUCCUCAAUAAAAACAGUGGAGAGGUCAUACAGAAGAGACCAAGAUGUCUGACGAAACACAUGAAUGCUGUGAUUGAGAUCAAGUUCCCACGACCAAUUUGUGUGGAAUUGUAUCGUGACAACAAAGUCUUGGGACGUUUCAUGCUGAGGUAUUCUGGAAAUACAAUCGCUGCCGGUGUUAUUACCGAGGUGAAGUGAAAUGUAUGGUCGAAUAUUAGUUGACUUUGACAGCGUAGGAGUUGGGAAUGUGAUGCAGCUUUGUCGCCGACAGUCACCUUUAAUCCGACAGGUCAGGGGAAUUUACCGACAAAGUCACGUCGUUAGACGAUGAUGUUAAGGAUUUUGAUAAAGUACGAAGUAAUGAUUAUUAUAAGUGGGUGUAAAAGAUGGUUUUUAGUUUAUAGCAUUUGUAAGAACUCGUUAUUUUGAUGUCCAAGGAAAAAAAAGAACACGUGAAA